UAUCUUCAUGAAUUCGACUUAUUUAUCAACCACCUUUAUAGUAAUAAUCUUGACCUGUACCACUGCAUAAUUACUUAGCCUUUUCCGACGAACAGCCACUGCCAAACAAGUUCGUAUAAUGUGAAGUAGUUUCUUAGAAUCGUGUUUCUCGAAGUAAUCGGGGAAUUUCUUCAGCAGGUUCUUGGGGUUAUCACAGGCCAAAUACUAAAAACUUAUUAUUCUAGCAAAUCUCAUUCCUUGCCGAUAGAAAUUGUCGGUAUAAAAGAGCAGACAACGUCGCUGAACGAUCGUGGCACCUGAAGAAAAUAUUUUUCAAACUAGUUCGUAUUCAAUUCAAAUAUGUUUUUGAGUAGCAUAGUUGGUGCUUUGUUUUUUUUGUUACAUUAUGCUUCUUCAAAUCCAGUGAAAGGAUACGUUGCGUUAACAGACUCUCUUAGCAAUGACGUGGUAAUCAAUACUUUGCCAAGUUUACAACUCCAGAAAUUUGGAGAGCGACUGUAUUAUUUUGGAGCUAUUUUUGAGGGAAAUUACUAUCAGGCCAUGCAAUUUUGUAACUACCAUGACAUGCAGUUGGUUAGCAUUGAAAGCAAAGAAGAAAACGAUUUUCUAUGGAAACAUAUGCAAUCUUUUCUUGGUUGGGGAGAAUAUUGGUUCUGGACGUCAGGUACUACCAUGCCCGAUGAACACUGGGUGUGGAUGUCAACUGGCAAGCCUAUACUUUUCGCUAACUGGUUCGAAAAUCAACCCGACAAUGCCGGUAAUAACGAGAAAUGUCUAGAAGUUAGAUAUUCGCAUACAAAUAAGGCUUUGAUGUGGAACGACCAUGUAUGUACCGCAACGAAACAUGUUAUUUGUGAAACAACUGUACCAAAAAGUGUUUCGAAAAUGAUAACGAACAAUUCGAAUUGUAACUUGACGGUGAUUAGCGUUCCUCCACAAUGAGAUACCAAUUCUUGAAUUGAUGGGCAAGGAAAUAUAUGUAGGUAUUUUAUUUCCGUAGUUUUUCUCAACAAAAAAAUUGGUAUUAUAUUUAUGUUUUUUACGUUCAAAUAAAUGAAUAUGAAACACUUUAAA